CUACUGUAGACUGCACUGUAGAGUAUAGACUAGUCGGCAAGUCUAUAAGAAAUUAAAGCAUCUGGUUAUCAUAUAAUUUUUAGUUUUCACUUUUCAUUUUCAGUGUUCGGGAAAAAACUGGAAUCGUGAUAAAAUAACAUCGGUUAUGCAAAAUUAAAUAGUUUCUUUUUUCUGCUCUUGGCAGUUAACACAGUAAUACCUAAAAAUCGAUGAAAAGAAAUGAAACGAAAAGCAAUAACUUUUCUAAAAAAAAAUAAUGGUAAUUACUAUUUGUUGGCAGACAUAUUUUAUCUUGAAAAAAGUUUAUAAAUAUAGAAGGCUUGGUUGUUGUCUACCCUCUUCUACAGCAACCUCCUUGUUUUGUGACUAACAAAAAUAAUAAGCUUCGUUGUUUGCAUUGCAUAUAUUAUAUUAUGUUUUUUUUUUUUAUUAAUUGAAUUUUCAAGUCAUACGUCGUCGUUUACAUCUGAGACUCGAACAUUUUAUUCAAAAGAAAUAAUGAAAAUCGUGUUCAAUUGAAUUAAUAUUCAUCUACUGUGCUAAACUGUGAGAUUAUAUUAUGUUAUUUUACAACUUCAACCUCAUCAAUGAAAAUCUAUCUAGCAUGUUUAACAAUUGAGUAAUAAAACAAACAAAAUAAAAAUCAAAUGUCUGAAUCAUGAGGAAAAAGUACAAUCUACAAUGGAAUUAAUGUCUUUCAAUCGGUUUUCGAAUGUUUGUUCUCUUUCCAACAUCAUCAUUUUUUUGCAACAAAGAAGUAAGGAACAAAAUAAAAACACUGUGUCUUUUAUUUAGUAAUAAUAAAAAUUAAAAGUACUGUUAGUCAGUGAUUUUUUAACUUAUGGCAAAGUGUAGAAGGCAGAUACCGUGGAUUACAAUCAUUAGCCAUGUCGCGACUAGUAAUAUCACCUUCAACAUCAACACCUUUCUAUUAUGUUUAACUAAAUUUUGAUGUGCGAAGCAAAAGAUUAUGAUUAUGAAUUUGUAAUAAAUUAUUAGUAGAGCGCGAUUAAUGGUGAAUGCAAAAGAAUGUAUGGAGCGCAAAGUACGUAAACAGAAAGAUCUCUAUGCAUAUAAGAACAUCUAUACUAGAAUAUCCGCGUAUCUCCAGAAUAAAAAAUAUUAAUCUUAAAAUGAAACCACUUGAAAACAAGUUGUUUGUGUUCAAAGUAAGAACGAAUUCUAUACCUGAUGGUCAGCAAGCUCAGAAAUUUUAAAUAAUUACUGCAAGAAAAUAUUUCAAAAGAACUAGUCGUAGUAAAACAAAUAAAUGUGCUACAUUUGAAAAUAUUUACUAACUUGCAGUAAACUUUGUUACAACCUUUACUCAAGACAUAUUUGUAUGAAGAAAAAUAAACUUUGUUAUAAUAAAAUUACAAACCUGAAUUAAAUAAAUUUAAAGUAGAAAAACAAUUGGAUCUCAGUAGAAUAAAACAUAGAACUAAACAUCGUUUCAUAAAAUUAAAAUGAGUGGAAGUAAAGAACAAAGACCGCUUACAGGCAAGGCACAAUGUAGUAGUAAUUCCAAUAACGGUGGAACUACUAUGAAUUCCAAGUCUUCCUCAAAUAGUCCUGUCCAUAUGCGACAUUUUAAUUCACCACUGGCAAGAAUGCGCCCGCAAUCUAAUUAUUCAGCUAGAGUACUAGUAUUUGAUGACUCUGAUCAAGAGAAGCCAUCACCGCCAUCGAAAAGUUUGGCAGAUAGUUCUGGAACAUUAACUGGGACCUCACCAUCGUCAUCAUGUGCAUUUGCGGGUAACAAGAAAGGUAGCAGUACACUAGGAACUAAACCUUACAUUGGCUCAAGUAUAGACUCAGAAGCAUUGCCUUCCAAAUCGAAAGAUCUAACGUCCUCGUUAAGAAAUUUGGCAAAAUCAUCAUCGAGUGGAUUAUCGGGAAGUUCGCUUUCACUACCUGGUCGGGAUUAUAGCGCUAUUUUGCGUAAAAUUUCAUACCAACAUCAAUAUUCCCUUCGUUCUUCGUCAAAUGAUACCUCCAACCUUACUCGAGUUCGAAACUUAAGCUUAGGCAAAUCUGCACCAAAUUUGUCAAGUUCUUACUUCAAAGAACAAUCUUCAGGAAAUGUUAGAAAACAUAAUGCCGUAUCUAUACGUUCUGGAGCUAGUUCUUGCAGUAGUGGAGUAGCCCAUCAUCGCCUUAGUUUGGUGCCUGGCGUUGGUAACACAUCACCAAGAUCUCAUUCUCCAUUUUCUGCAAGUCCCAUAGAUAGUCCGCGAAUAAAUUCACCAAUGCAAUUUGCGUUUGCUCCUAUUAAAAGAAUAUCAAGUUGUCGGGGAGAUGGUCGACGUUGGUCAGUAGCAUCUUUACCAUCAUCUGGAUAUGGUACAACGCCUGGUAGUUCAAAUCUUUCGUCACAGUGCUCCAGCCAAGAACGUUUGCAUCAGCUGCCAAAUAUUCCUACCAGUGAUGAACUUCGAAUCCUCACACAUCAAUUUUCGAACGAUAUAAAUGCGUUGCCAUCGGUACACUGCAAUCAUACCGAACUUUGUCAACAUCAUCAUCAUUUACAUCAUCAUCAUAAUCCAGCAUCGUUUCAUUGUACAAAGCCACACGGAUUAAAAGUUUGUGUUGUUGGAGGUAAUCAGGUUCCAAUAACAUGCACAAGUACUCCAGUGAAUGCUAAUGCAUCGAAGCAGAGUAGUAUUGCUUCUGGAGGAAGUAUUUGCUGCAGUCCACAAAAUAUUUCCAAGAACUCACCUAAUGAUUUUACAUCAACUCCUGUUGCCAUCAAUGGUGCUAACAACAACAGUGGCUCACUUAAAGAUGGCAGAAUAUCGCCAUAUCAUCGACCUCGUUCAAGAAGUUUAUCUAGCCCCAGCCGAUCUCCAGUCAUUGACAACGAAAUCGCGAUGAUGAAUACUCUUUAUAAGGAACGCUUUCCUAAAGCAACGCAGCAAAUGGAAGAGCGUCUAAAACAUUUUAUUAAUGAAAAUAAAAGUGCAGCGUGCAAUAGUUUUCGUGAUUCUCAGCCCAUUGUUAGAUUUGUUCAUCAUCAAGUUUUAGAAAUGGCACGAGAUUGUUUGCAUAAAUCUGAAGGAAAACUCGUUACAAGACGAUAUUUCUAUGAAAUGAGUGAAAACUUAGAACGCCUUUUAUUAGAAACUAAGGAAAAAUCACCUGAAGCUGCUGUUGAACUUACAGGAGUGAUUAAGAAACUUCUUCUUAUCAUUUCACGUCCUGCUAGGCUUUUAGAAUGUCUGGAGUUCGAUCCGGAAGAGUUUUAUCAUUGGUUAGAAGCAGCUGAGGGUCAGGUAAAGGCAAUGCAAGGCAUUAAGGCAGACAUUCCACAGUAUAUAAUUCAAAAACUUGGAUUGAAUCGCCAUGCGAUUGCGGAGCUUCAACCCGAUUAUAAUGAUUCAUUUCGAGAUUGGACACCUGAAGUUGCUUGUACUCCUCCCACCGUCGCAAAUAACCACGCCAUUAUACCUAAUGUAAAAGGUGCAAACAAUCGGUCUUUUACAGAACAGAAUGACAAUGCAGCAGCAGUUGGUGUGGUUCCAGAAGUGCAAUCCAAUUCAAAAUGUGCAACAGUUAAUGUUUUGGGUGCUUCUUCAGUCUCUUUAACUACUGCAGCUAGAUCGACUACGACAAAUCCAGCCGGUCAAAUUCAGCAACAGCAGCAGCAAAAAUUAGCACAAAACAUCCCAAACGAACACGACUUUGACAUUGUAAAACUUAUUUCAAAUGGAGCUUACGGAGCUGUGUACCUUGUUAAACACAAACAGACACGACAACGUUUUGCGAUGAAAAAAAUCAACAAAAACAAUCUUAUUCUAAGAAAUCAAGUUGAACAAGUAUUUGCCGAAAGGGAUAUACUCAGUUUUGCUGAUAAUCCAUUUGUCGUUAGUAUGUAUUGCAGCUUCGAAACAAAGAAACAUCUUUGCUUGGUAAUGGAAUAUGUUGAAGGGGGUGAUUGUGCAACAUUAUUAAAAAACAUAGGUCCUCUUCCACCUGAUAUGGCUCGGUUCUAUUUUGCUGAAACCGUUUUGGCAGUUGAAUACUUACAUAGUUAUGGAAUCGUACAUCGAGAUCUAAAGCCUGAUAAUUUGCUUAUUACUGCUCUUGGUCAUAUCAAACUAACUGAUUUUGGUCUUUCGAAAAUGGGUUUAAUGUCAUUGGCAACUAAUUUAUACGAAGGCUAUAUUGAUAGUGAGACUAGACAAUUUUCUGAUAAACAAGUUUAUGGCACUCCGGAGUACAUUGCUCCUGAGGUAAUCCUCAGACAGGGCUAUGGGAAACCAGUUGAUUGGUGGUCAAUGGGUAUUAUUUUGUAUGAGUUCAUAAUCGGAUGUGUUCCAUUUUUUGGUGAAACUCCUGAAGAACUAUUUGCACAUACCGUAAACGACGAUAUUGAAUGGCCUAAUACAGACGAUUGGACAGUUCAGCCUGAAUCGAAAGAUCUUAUUACUCAGUUGCUUCAACAAAAUCCACGUGAUCGUUUAGGAACUGGUGGAGCUCACGAGGUAAAAGAGCAUUUGUAUUUUGAUGGUCUGGAUUGGAAUUCGUUGCUUAGACAGAAAGCAGAGUUUGUGCCGCAGUUAUCUAACGAAGACGAUACCAGUUAUUUUGACACCCGAAUGGAUCGUUACAAUCAUGAUUUAGGAGGAGAGGAUACUGACGACACAGACGAUGCACCCCUAUUUGGUUCUUUCAGUUCUUAUACCCCACAGUAUCGGAAGCAACAUUACUCUUGGACCCGAUUAGCAUCGAAUAACACUUCCGACGAAGGGGGCUCCGGCCGUUGCGAUGAAAGUGGUAGUGACACUGUAAGUUCGAAAAAUUCCAAGCCAUUAACAACUCCAGAACUUCGAAAUAUUGAUCUUUCAUCUCGUUGUUUAAAAGUUCCAUCGACCCCCGAUGCUGAUUAUCUCCCCGAACUAUUGAACAAAGUAUGUGGUGAAGAUGUUAGAAUAGUGAAUCAAUAUCUCCGCCAACAGUCUUUGCCUUCUUCAUCAUUUAUACAACAACAAUCUCUGUCCUCACCAUUACAAUCUGCAAUGUCAACAAACCCACAAAAUGAGAUUUGCAAUAAUCUUUCAUUAGCUGAACAAAAACCAACGACAACGGGCCCAGACAAUGUGCAAGGUCCAAGCAUUCCUAAUGAAAAUCCAACUAAGCAAAAUGUAGCUGUUACUGAAGUAAUAAAAAUAUCUGCCCGCCGUUUAGAGAAGAUGGCAUCUCUUAACAUUCCAGAGAAUCGAAAAUUGAUCGAUGCGCAUCAAGUGUCUUCUAUGGGUGCUCGCAGCACUCCUGAAUCUUCACAAACAGAUAGUGAUGAUCUUUCGCCACAAAUAUACCGUAAGCGAAAAACCAUAUAUGGCCGUGAUAUUCUUCCACGCUUUUCAAUUUCAAUUGAAGAUGAAGCAAGUGGAUCAUCAUCAGAAAAUACACAAGAUCAAUCACCACUUGCUUGCGAAUUACGUAAUGCCGAUUCUUUCAGCAACAAGCAUCGUUCGCGUUCGAUUGUUAAGUCUGCAUCGGCGCUUGGGCUCUCUUUCAUGGUUUCUAAUGAAUCGCAAAUUGCGCAACAGCUAAGUGGAGGAGUACAGUCGCCUGUUGGAAGUGGCGAAGGAGGAGGUGGCAGUUCAAGUACAGCCAGCUCAAGGGACACAUCACCGUGUCGAGAACUAUCACCUUUAGUAACAAAUCUAAAGCCACCUAUAAUAAUUCGACGAGGGCCAAGAGGAUUUGGUUUUACUGUUCAUACGAUACGUGUCUUUUAUGGCGAUACCGAUUUUUAUACAAUGCAUCAUUUAGUAAUGGCCGUUGAUGAAGGAAGUCCAGCUUUUGAAGCUGGUCUGCGGCCCGCCGACUUAAUAACACACGUAAAUGGUGAAGCUGUCCAGGGUCUAUUUCAUACUCAAGUAUUACAAUUACUUUUGAGUGGAGGUGAGCAUGUAACAGUACGUGCGACUCCGCUUGAACACACUAGCAUACAAAGCGGAGGUCGUAAACGUGAUUUGUUCCAAAGUAAAUUAGCAAAAAAAGGCGUAAAUCGACAAAAAAAGCAAAAAAAGGAGCACGAGAAAAAACGAAAAUCGUCGUUAUUUCGACGAAUAAGUAAUAAACGUGCUUCGGCUGAAAUUCAGCAGAUUGCUGCUGGUAUAUCGUCUCCAACUAUGGUAACACAAUCUCGGUCUUUUCAAUCGUUUUGCAAUCGGCCAGCUGAAGCGCCUAUACCAACCCCACCAAAUACCAGAUUGAGUCUGUCGCCAAUGGAAACACAAUUCUGUGCUUCAGCAUCCAAUUCCUCACAGUCGAGUUCACCAUCGUCUUCUUGCUCCAAUACUCCUGUAGGAAGUAGUGUUGCUGCAUCUGUUAAUGGGGCUACUGUUGUGGUUGGAUCGACUGUGGCUACGUCUGGUGCUCAACUUUACCAACGACCAUCUACACUCCAUGGACUCAAGCACAAAUUACACACCAAUGCAUGUGCCACUACAAAAAAUAUCCAUUCAAGUGCUGUUUCAGUUACGAAUCGUCGAAAGUCAGUUGGACAUAUUCCUCUUUCUCCAUUGGCACGCACACCUUCCCCAUCACCUCUUCCCUUAUCACCCACACGUUCACCUUCCCCUCUUGCAUUUCCUGUUGGACAUCAGCCAGGUGCUUCAAACACAACACAAUCUUAUAGUCCGGGUGGUCUGCCAAGUGCAAAUUUGAAUGCUGGCCAAGUUUCAGCUACUAAAAAAGGCUUCGCACGUACUAAAAGCUCCGAGCCAAGUUCACCGCUUUUGCGACGGGCAUUAUCACCCGACCGCUUGCAUCCCCGAAGUGCAGAAAAUAAAUGCACUCUCAUAUCACCCCUGUGCUGCUCACCUACUGUCAAAAAUCAACGUUCAAUUGUUGGUGCAUGGAGAUCAAAUAGUAGUGGGGCUGGUGGAGGGGUUGGAACAGUCGUGAAUUUAGGAUCGAUUGUCACUCCUGUUGCUGCAGCAGGUUUUAUUCAUCCUCAAACUUUAACUAUACAUUCUAACAGCAGCACUGUGCCACCGGUCGUAUCAAGCUCUUCCGCAUCGUCUUCAUCUGCUAUAACAUCCACUGCUGCAAUAGCUAAUGUAUCAUGCGCUGUCAACACCACCAACUCCUUGGAAAAGUACGUUGAAAAUUUUAAAUUUUUCCAAGAACCUGAUCAACAUCUGCACACCGAAUACCAAGAACAAAAACCAACACAGAGUACAGUACUUUCUUUGACAUUUCAACCACCUGGAGAAAUGCUUCCAAGAAUUGCCGAAGAAAAGGAUUCGCCAACGAAUUCAACCACCGAUACUGUUGCCGGACUGCAACAACGCGUUGAUGAAGCAACAAUUACAGAGAAGAAAACUUCAAGCUCGAAGAUAGACAAAGCACAUGUAUUAACAACAGAAAAAACUGUUUCAACCAGUUGUAGAAAUCCUCCAACUGCUCCAAUAGAAGCGGCUGCUAUUCAAACAUCACAAAUACCAAUUACAUCUUAUGGCACAUCGUCUAAUCAAAAACUUACACGAAAUUUGAGUAAUAAAAAAAAUUCGAAUGCCAAAAACAAGGAAGCACGCAAAUAGAUUUCUCUGUUCUCUCGCAAUGUUAUUAUUAUAAAUAAGAAACAUUCGUUUUUAUACAGCUUGUUUUGAAAAUAUGCAAUGUGUUUUACCUUCAAAAAAACACCUGCAAAUCAUCUCAAUCAUGUUUUGUUUUUAAAAAAAGUCAAAAUAUAAUUUUCUAAAUUCAAAAUACACGUUUUUUUGCAGUCUUUUUUUCUGAAAUUAAAAGUUCUGAAAGUUUAGCUAAUAGUUUAUGAAUAUUCGUUAAACUUAAUAUUUUAAGUUGUAACAGUUUGGUUAGCUAUAAGGUUAAUCAUGAAUUCUAUCGGUAUCGGAAACUUACGAACCCCGAAAAACCGUAUCACGAUAUCCGUUCGUAAAGCGAAAAUAUAUGAGAUUUUCACUACGAACGUUUUUGAUAAUAGUUUGUUUUCGGGAUUUAUGAGAGUUGCCGAUUACGAUAAAAUUCGUCAAAGGGCUGUAUAUCCUACAAGAUUGAGAUUUUUUGCGAGCAUUGUUUUGAAUUAUAUGAACCAGUCUUACAUACACUAUGAAUAUAAUAGACUUACUAAAUUUUCUAUCGCUCAUCUAUGAUUUUAAACUUUUAACCGGAAUACAAAAAAAAUAUAAAAAUGUACGCAGUAAUGCAAUCCAAAAUUAAUUAAAUUCAUUAUUAAUAAAAUUCAUGAAUUAAAUUAAAUUCAUGCUAAUGUUCCAAUUUUUUUAAUAGUAUACACAAUGUUGACAUAAAUAAAUGAAACUAGAAUUCAACUUUCGUCCAAUUAGAUAAACUGAAAAUAUCUAAUAUGCCAUAUUUAAAACCUUUGCAAUGCGAUAAAUAUAACUUUUUGUCUUAAUACUUCUCUCCUUUAGAUUAAAUUAAAAUAAAAUGUAUAAAUUCUUUGUAUAUACUUAAAAUAAAUGCCAGGCGUUUAUUAUACGGUCUGCUCUCACAGAGUUUGCUUUUGGAAAGUGGAAACUAAUUUUAAUUAGAAGUUAUAACAAAAUAAAAAGCUUAUGAAUGAUUAAAAUGCCUGUUCAAAAAUAAUA